CUUUUCUUCUUGGACUGAUCAGAGAUUUUCCCGCGCAGCCGAGCUUGAAGGUUUCAAUCAAGAAGAGAAGUCGUUUCCAUGGAUGGCCUGAAGCAAAGCAUCCUUCAAACACUUAACUCCUCCGCUCUCUCACUUUCUCUCAACCGCAACCAAGUUUGAAGGUUUCAAUUAAAAUCGAGGAACUCAGAAAACUUUUCAUGGAUUCGUCAAACUUAGAGAGAAAGAAUAGCUUCUCGACUUUUCCCAUUUUUGGAAUGGAAAAGAUUUUGAAAGAGAACUUCGAUAUACAAUCGAAGAAUCCGUCACAAGAAGCUCUAAGGAAAUGGAGAUCUGCAGUUUCGGUUGUUAAGAAUCGCCGGAGAAGGUUUCGUCAUACGGCAGAUCUUGAGAAGAGAGACGAAGCCGAAAAGAAGAAGCUCGGCAUCCAGGAAAAAAUACGAGUUGUUCUGUAUGUUCAGAAAGCUGCCUUGCAAUUUAUCAAUGCUGGUAAGAGAGUAGAGUACCCACUUUCAGAUGAGACUAGCAAAGCAGGUUAUGGCAUUGAGCCCAAUGAACUUGCAUCCAUUGUUCGCAGCCAUGAUUACAACCGCUUGAAGCUGCAUGGAGGUGUUGACAGUAUUGCAAGAAAGAUCAGAGUCUUCCUUGAUAGUGGUGUUAAUUCAAGUGAUAUACCUCUUAGGCAAAAGAUAUAUGGCUUUAACAGAUACACUGAGAAGCCUCCUAGGAGUUUUUGGAUGUUUUUGUGGGAUGCACUUCAGGAUUUAACUCUAAUCAUCCUCAUGGUUUGUGCUGUAGUUUCUGUUGGUGUUGGUAUUGCCACAGAAGGGUGGCCAAAUGGUAUGUAUGAUGGGUUGGGAAUAAUAUUAAGUAUUUUCUUGGUAGUAAUGGUUACUGCAAUCAGUGACUAUAAGCAAUCCUUGCAAUUCAGGGAUUUGGAUAAGGAGAAGAAAAAGAUUUUUGUUCAGGUCACCAGAGAUGGAUUUAGACAGAAGGUCUCUAUAUAUGAUUUAGUGGUGGGAGAUAUUGUUCAUCUAUCUAUAGGUGACCAAGUUCCAGCUGAUGGGAUUUUCAUAUCAGGGUAUAGUGUGGAGAUUGAUGAAUCAAGCCUAUCAGGUGAAAGUGAGACAGUGCAUACAAACCCUGAUCAGCCUUUUCUUCUAUCAGGAACCAAAGUGCAAGAUGGGUCUGGUAAGAUGCUGGUGACAUCUGUUGGUAUGAGAACUGAAUGGGGAAAGUUGAUGGAAAGUUUGAGUGAGGGUGGUGAAGAUGAGACACCAUUACAGGUUAAGCUGCAUGGUGUUGCUACUAUUAUAGGAAAGAUUGGUUUGGGUUUUGCUAUUCUUACAUUUUUGGUUUUAACUAUAAGGUUUAUAGUGGAGAAGGCACUGAACAAUGAGUUGACAAAAUGGUCUUCAAGUGAUGCAUUGGAACUUAUGGACUUUUUUGCUAUUGCAGUGACUAUAAUUGUUGUUGCAGUUCCAGAAGGCCUUCCUUUGGCUGUGACUCUGAGUCUUGCCUUUGCCAUGAAGAAAUUAAUGAAUGACAGGGCACUUGUGAGACAUCUAUCUGCAUGUGAGACAAUGGGUUCUGCUAGUUGCAUUUGUACAGAUAAAACAGGGACAUUGACAACCAACCAUAUGGUGGUCAGCAAGAUAUCUAUCUGUGAAGAAACUAAAGAGAUAAGAGGUAAUGACAGUGUGGAACCUACGAAAUCAGCAAUCUCUCAGGGAGUUAUGGAACUCCUUUUGCAGGCUAUAUUUCUGAAUACUGGUUCUGAGGUGGUGAAAGGAAAGGAUGGAAAAAAUAACAUUUUGGGUUCUCCAACAGAAUCAGCAUUGUUAGAAUUUGGCUUGCUUAUGGGUGGUGAUUUUGAUGCCCAACGCCGGGAAUAUAAAAUAGUGAAGGUUGAGCCUUUCAAUUCGAUCAGGAAGAAGAUGUCUGUGCUUGUAUCUGUUUCUACUGGUGGGUUUCGUGUGUUUUGCAAAGGUGCAUCUGAAAUCAUCUUAUCUAUGUGUGACAAGAUUGUUGAUAACAAUGGAGUACCAAUUCGCCUUUCAGAAGAACGGAUUAAAAAUGUUAUGGACAUUAUAAAUGGAUUUGCCUGUGAAGCUUUGAGAACCCUUUGUUUGGCUUUCAAGGAUAUGGAUGAGAAUCUCAAUGGAGAUAGCUUACCCUCUAAUGGCUACACAUUGAUAGCAGUUGUUGGAAUCAAGGAUCCUGUGCGUCCUGGAGUGAGAAAGGCAGUACAGACUUGUUUAGCUUCUGGAAUAACUGUCCGGAUGGUCACAGGUGACAAUAUCAAUACUGCUAAAGCUAUAGCAAGAGAAUGUGGAAUAUUGACAGAUGAUGGGUUGGCCAUAGAAGGACCAGAUUUUCAUAGUAAGAGUGCAGAGGAGAUGAAGAAGUUAAUACCAAGAAUUCAGGUAAUGGCUCGAUCGUUGCCUUUAGACAAACACACCUUAGUCACCAAGUUGAGGAAUACCUUCGGAGAAAUUGUUGCAGUAACAGGUGAUGGGACCAAUGAUGCUCCAGCUUUGCAUGAGUCGGACAUUGGACUUGCAAUGGGUAUAGCAGGAACAGAGGUUGCAAAAGAAAAUGCCGAUGUCAUCAUUAUGGAUGAUAAUUUCGCAACUAUUGUGAAUGUAGCCAGAUGGGGGCGUUCUGUUUACAUAAACAUUCAAAAGUUUGUUCAGUUCCAGUUAACAGUUAAUGUUGUUGCCCUUAUGCUCAAUUUUGUUUCAGCUUGCAUCUCAGGAUCUGCUCCUCUAACUGCUGUCCAGUUGCUAUGGGUCAACAUGAUUAUGGAUACACUUGGUGCAUUGGCUCUGGCUACCGAACCUCCAAAUGAUGGACUAAUGAAAAGACCUCCAGUUGGAAGAGGUGCAAAUUUCAUCACCAGGACCAUGUGGAAGAAUAUCAUUGGACAGAGUAUCUAUCAACUGGCUGUACUUGCAAUUCUAAAAUUUGAUGGAAAGAAGCUUUUGAGACUUAAGGGUUCAGAUGCUACUGCUGUUCUUGAUACCUUCAUAUUCAAUACCUUUGUAUUCUGCCAGGUAUUCAAUGAAAUUAACAGCCGGGAUAUGGAGAAGAUAAACGUCUUCCGUGGAAUGUUUAACAGUUGGGUGUUCUUAGCCGUGAUGGUUGUUACAGUGGCCUUCCAAAUAAUAAUAGUGGAGUUUCUGGGCACUUUUGCAAGCACUGUGCCUCUCAGUUGGCAAUUAUGGUUGCUAAGCAUUCUCAUUGGAUUUUUAAGCAUGAUUGUGGCUGUUAUCAUAAAGUGCGUUCCUGUUGAACUUGGGAAGCCCAAGUCCCAUGAUGGUUAUGAGGCUCUUCCCAGUGAACCGUAGCACUUAUCACGUCAUUGCUUCGUUGUUAACUCAUCUGUUAUACUGAUAGAACUUAGAAUUUCUUUUCUAUUUCCAAUUAGAUCUUUAUGAAAUUUUGUCCUCAUACUGUAUAUACAAUUUUUUAUUUUUUACAAUUAGAUACAGAAUUGGUUACCAUUUUC